AAAUUACACGAAAUCUCCAACAUGUUGUACUUUUCAUUUUGCUGUAUCUUGCAUUAGAUUGUUAACCUUCAACUAUAUAUAUAUAUAUAUAUAUGAUCCGGACCACUUGCUCUGGAAAGACCGUGUCAACGGCGGCCGUAGAAGAAAUGAAUCAAGCAUUUUGGCAUAUUGGUUUAGGACUGGACAAAUUGUGGGAAAGAAAAAUGAAGUAUUUUGGGCAUCGGUUAUUAAUUCUAGUUUUUAUAUUUUCUGUUGUGGUCUCCUUCAUCAAUGGUGAUCCUCUUGUUCCGGCCAUAUGUAUCUUCGGUGACUCGGUAAUGGACACUGGAAACAAUAAUCAUCUCAAAACUUUGUUUAGAGCAAACUUCCUUCCUUAUGGAAGAGAUUUCGAAGCUCAUAAACCUACCGGCAGGUUUUGCAAUGGAAAAUUGGCAGCAGAUUACAUUGCUGAAUACAUAGGAUUUGAAACAUAUCCACCACCUUAUCUGAGUAGAUCCAACGUAUCACUUCUCCUAGGCGGCGCCAACUUUGCCUCUGCAGGUUCUGGUUAUGCACACCAGACAGCAAGACUAUAUAAAGCGAUAUCUUUACCAAGGCAGCUAUUGUAUUACCAGGAGUGGCAAAACCAAGUGGUUGGUAUGGUCGGAAACGAGAGAGCAACGGCCAUAUUUUCCAGUGGAAUUCACAUUUUAAGUGCAGGAACCAGUGAUUUCCUCCAGAACUACUACAUCAAUCCUGCUUUGAAGAAACUAUAUACACCUUCCAAGAUUGCACACAUUCUUUUGACAUCAUACUACACCUUUGUAGAGAAUCUUUAUGAAUUAGGAGUAAGGAGGAUCGGAGUAACAACGUUACCACCAGUGGGAUGUUUGCCAGGAUCCAUCACGGUAUUUGGUUCCGGAAAAAAUGAGUGUGUACAUAGGAUAAACAAGGAUGCCGUGAUGUUUAACAACAAGCUAAACGAUACGUCUCAAGAUCUAGUAGCCAAUUAUCCGGACCUAAAGCUUGUCGUCUUUGAUAUCUAUCAUCCUCUUCUUAAUCUAAUCACAAAGCCUAGCGAUAAUGGUUUUUUUGAGUCAAGAAGGGGCUGUUGUGGAAGUGGGAUAGUAGAGACUUCUUUGUUUUGCAAUGCAAGGUCAAUUGGUACAUGUUCAAAUGCAACAGGGUAUGUCUUUUGGGAUGGAUUCCAUCCAACUGAAGCUGCAAACCAAAUCUUGGCACAAAAUCUACUUGAGCAAGGGCUAGGCUUAAUUUCUUAGUCUACAAGGUGUAUUUAGAUUCCAGUAUGUUUUUCUCAUUCAUUCGAUUGAUUGAUGAUUGUAUCUUCUCAAACUACCAUAAUAGAAAUUAUUAAUUAAAUUA